AUGCCUCGCUUCCUUGCUCCUGCGACCCCCUCGGAACUACUCGCAUACAUUGUAACACAUCAGACUUCCGAGGAGCAACCGGCGCAGGCUGAUGCUGGCCGCCCUAGUUCUAGCCAAGAGCAGCGCACGCGAGUCCUCAAGGCCCUGGUAUCGGCUCCCUUAUAUCAGACCGCAGUUGCAAAGCAUAUACGAGUGCUCUUCAUGCCGACCGUUUCCCACCUCCGGGCUUACCUUUCCGUCUUUUCGCCGUCGGAUUCUAAGGUCCCUGCCCCUCCCAGCUAUGCGGCUUCCGAGAGUCGGUAUUCCACGCCUCUACUCCUUCUUUACGGAUUUCUAGAUGCCCAUCGGGACACUAGUGAAUGGAACGCUCAAGGCAUCUCCUGCACGGCAAGCAUCCUUGUGGAUGCUGCCUACCGCACGAGUUACACGCCCAUAGUCGUUGAGCCCAAGGGUGACGACGGCCACCCAGAGCUUGAUAUAUUGCUCUCGGAAUCCGUUCCCUUGCUCGGCGGAGCUACCACUGGCGAGGGCGUCUGGUCGGGAAGGACGGUUGAUGUGAGGCAGAUCUUGGGACGGUGGUUCAAGUUUUAUGAUGGACCGUUGAGUUAA